ACUUCAACUGUCAGUUGUCCAAAUAACCAAAUAUUGAUUUUUCCAUUCGCAGUACAAAAAAGAAAUAAACUCUCAUUAAUGUUAUAUAUGUAAUGUGUACAUAUCUUUUUUGAAUUACAGGAUUUUUACUAAACAAUGACUGAGUUAAAUGAACUAAACAUGGAUCCGACUCAAGUUUGUCGCGGUUGUUUGACCUCGAGCGGGGAAAUGAAAAAUAUGAUUGAAUACGGUCUUUUAGAGGAUUUUUAUAAGUUUAGUGAAGUAAAGGUGGAUAAACCAGAUAUACUAUCAGGCCUCCUUUGUGCCUCCUGUGAGGAGGCUCUAAUAGAGUGCCGCGUCUUCAGACUGCUUUGUCAACAGAGUGAUAAUGCUUUGAAGAAUGCUAUAAAGUUGCAGUCGAGUACACACACAGAAGAUACUCAACAAAAUAAUAUUCAGUUUACCUUCUAUAAUAAAAAAAUAAUAAUAAUGAUAACAGCACCAGACAUGAAUUCGAAAAUAAUUUUAACAUGUCCAUACAAUUGUUCCGAAACGUUCAAUAAGAAACCAGAAUUAUUAAGACAUUUAAUGGCGAAACAUCAAGUGGAAAAAGACUUUAAAAUAGAACUACAAUAUUACUGUACGAUAGAAAACUGCGCUUAUAACGUAAAUAUAAAAAACAAACAUUUUUCAGGUAGAAAAUUUCUAAAUCAACACUACAAUAAUGUCCAUAUACCUAAAAAUAUCAACUGCGAUACAUGCAAACUGUCUUUUCCAACUCAAAUAAGUUAUGAACGUCACAUUCCAACUUGUAACUACACUUACGAGUGCGCUAAUUGUCACCAAGUAUAUAAAACUAAUGAAAGGUUACUCGUACAUUUGAUGAGGAAACAUCCCAUGUUACAUAAACAGUAUAAAAACGAGAGAAAAGCGGAAAAGAGGAAAUUAAAAACCGAAUCAAAGGAAAAGGAAUAUUUCUGCGAUAGCCCUAAAAGGUCGUUCGCGACACAAACUUUAAAUAUAGAAGAUAAUUUAAAGAAUGAUGUGGUUUUACCAUUAUGGCCGGAGAAAGAAGAAACGAGAACGGAUGAAAUAUCAACACAAACAGUGUUUGAAGAUUUAUUAUCUUUGAAAUCACAAGCGAGUGAAGAUUCUAUUUAUUUUACGGAGACAGUAUCUGAUAUACAAACACAGACGUUCAAACAAUUUGGCUUAACAUCAAAUAAGGAGACUUUAACGGAGAGAUCUCCCGAUCUAAGUAUUAAGGAAACCCAGACAUGCUUAUGUUUGUAUGAUUCUCCGAAGUUCAAUUGCAAAUUGUUUGAAAGUGUAUCUUCAAGCCCUGUUAUGAAUUUGACGUCGACAGAAACGCAGACAGCUAAUUUUUCAUCUAUUGAUGUGUUCUUAGGCUUCAAUACUGCUGAAACUCAGACAAGUUUCGAUGAGAUUUUAAAUAGUGAUUUAUGAUUUUAAUUUUGGUUUAAUUGUAAUUUAAACUAUUGUUAUAUAUUAUUCAGGGAUAAUUUAACAUUCUUAUGGUAAAGGAAGUUUUUUUAUAAUAUAAGGUGGCAAACGAGCAAGCGGCCUGAAUCCACCGAAAUAGAAAGCAACUGCCCAUAAA